AGAUAUUGAUAAGUGUUAGGUUAAAAAAAAACUUCCAAUGAUGAUUGAUGCCAUAGAUAGAAGUAGCGAUGGCAACUUGAAACUGAAACUUCUAAACGUGGUCCGAAAGGGUGACGUACAUUAUCAGUGAACCACUGCUCCGGAAGCGCUCUCUCUGGACCUAUUCGGGACUUGCCAUUCUUUUAUAUUCCCUUCUCCCAACCAAACGAGCUCCUUCAAAGUAUUCUCACCGGAUGCAACAAAAUAAUCAUGACCGAAGGCGAACGACGUGGAAGAUGAGGUGAGGAAAUCCAGGCCACGAAGAUCAGCUGUAGAACUGAAAAAAGAAAAAGAGGUAUCCCGCAGACGCCACCAUUAAAGAGCUUCACCCUCAGAAGCGCAAUCCCCUCCACGUUAAACAGAAGGAGUCGGAGAUGCCGUACAUUAAACACGAGGAGAAGCCAGAGACCCUCGGCAUUAAAGAAGAAGAACAGGAAGAUCAAAUCACUAAGUGUCCAAUGACUGUCAGUGUGAAGAGUGAGGAAGAUGAAGGUCCAAGCGAAAAGAGCGGAGCAGCGAAACCUUCAAGCGACUGCUCAUUCCAACACCCGACAACAAAAGGAGAGGGACAAUCGCAACAUGACUAUUUGUUAGCGCCGCUCUCACACAGUGACGACGUAACUUCACACUCUUCUGAUUUUAACACUGAUGAGGAAGAUAAAGACUUUGACCAAAAUGCUUUAAAAUCCUUAAACAAUUCCUCAUUGAAAAGAGGCACAAAAGCGGUUGGGAGACCUUUUACCUGCUCACUUUGUCAUAAGACAUAUUCUCACAAACAUCACUUAAAAAGACACAUGUAUACACACACUGGAGAACGGCCUUAUGGCUGCACGCUUUGUAGUAAACGAUUCGCUGAGAAAGGAGGUUUAAACAAACACACAAGGAAACACACUGGAGAGAAGCCUUUUGCCUGCUCAGUUUGUGACAAAAGAUACUUCAGUAAGUCAUAUUUAAUUAAUCACACAAGAACACACACUGGAGAGAAGCCUUUUCAAUGCACAUCUUGUGGUAAACGAUUCACUCAAAAGGGAUGUUUAUACAAACACGCAAAGAUACACACUGGAGAGAAGCCUUUUGUCUGCACAUCUUGUGGUAAACGAUUCACUGAGAAGAAACAGUUAAACAGACACGCACUCAGACACACGGGAGAAAUGCCUUUUGUCUGCACAAGUUGUGAUAAAAGAUUCCUCGAUAAAAGAGAUUUAGGCAAUCACACAAGAACACACACUGGAGAGAAGCCUUUUGCCUGCUCUCGCUGCGAUAAAAGAUUUUGUUCGAAGCUUGAGUUGACAAGACACAUGCUUACACACACUGGAGAGAAGCCUUUUGCUUGCUCUCAUUGCUAUAAAAGAUUUCGUUCGAAGCAAACGUUAACAAAACACAUACGUACACACACCGGGUGAAAAGGCUUUUUUCUGCACACUUUGUGGUAAAAGAUUUACCCGGAAGGGAGAUUAAACAAUCACUCAAAAAGACACACCUUAUUUACUUACGGCUUACUGCUUUUCAAAAUUUGACUUCUGUCAACAAUACUUUGAUGCUUCCCUUCUUUUGUUUGUUUGUCCAAUUUCCAAACUUAAUCUGAAUACUGUAAUUUCCCGAAUAUAACGCGCACUCCCCCCCAAAAAAAAUCAACUUGUAAAAUCAUGGGUGCGCAUUAUACACGGGUACAGAGAUGGAGACAGAAAUAUUAUAUAUAUAUAUAUAUAUAUAAUUAUGCCUGUCAACAAUAACGCGUUAACGACCAUGAUUAAUCUGGAAAUAUUAACGCAUAAAAAAAAAAAAUAACGCAAUUUACCUCUCACACUAAGUUUGGCCACAACUGCCUCCCGUAGUCCCACACGGUGAUGUUUACAUUCUCAGCGCGGCCAUGCAGGGCAAAAUGCAGCCAGCCAUGAUGAGUGAGGAUGAUGACCCAGGACUGCUCCAUGGCAGAUUCUGUUUUAAAAAGCUGCCUAAUGGAAAUCUGGAUAAAACAAAAGUUGUGUGCACAUACUGCUGUGAUGAACUGUCCUUCCAUCGAAGCACAACUAGCCUAAAGUACCACCUUCGGGCAAAGCAUAUCUUCGCUAGGGUUAGCAAUGAAGCUAACACUACAAACACAAGCCGCAGUCAUCUAGCUACACUGGCAGAGUGCGGACUCGGACGUGUCAACAAAAGGACAACAAGUAGGUUGACUCCUGCUCUCGCUAGAUGGGUAGCCAGAGACUGUCGACCCAUUAACUUAGUCGAAGACAAGGGCCUUGAAAAUCUCAUCCAGAUAGCAUUGGGCGACCCAACAUACAGAACACCUUCACGGGCAACUAUUGCCACAAAAAUUCAUGAACUUUUUGAAAAUGAAAAGGCAACAAAGGUGGAGAAACUAGCAGUGGCGCCACCAGGGGGUGGCCACGGCAACCCCUAUAAAUUCGUUGGCCAACCCACUUGCCACCCCGCUUGCCAGUGCAUCGUUAGAUUGUUGUAGCAUCAGUUAUGCAUUUCAUCCCAAAUGAAUGCAUUUAUUUUCUUUUGUUAAAUGUAGGGCUGUCAAAUUUAUCGCAUUAACGGGCGGUAAUUGAUUUUUUUAAUCACGUGAAAAUAUUUAUCGCAAUUAACGAAUUCGCGAUACGACUCACUCAUGCAUUGCCGCAAACAGCCUACAAUGGCGCCGUUUUACAUAUAUAUACAUGUAUAUAUACAGAGAUACGAGGCAGUGUCAAGUGAGUGGAGUAGGUACAAGCAUUAAUUGGGGCCGUGAUUUUAAUUGGCAAAAGCUUUGUCAUCUCUCCCACAGUAACUAUAAAUAUUGUGGGAAGCGACAUGGGGACGAAUGACAGGAGUUGAUCAUUUUCUUAACACCCUGUAGUGUACCCAACGCAGAGAAGAUAUAGCAUUUGCAGCCACCACACACAGUCAUGGUUGCACCACUUCCCGUCGUGCAUUUGGGCAGAACAGUUAAAUCGCUACAGUAUCAUUUACUGAAAGCUCAACAAAUACACUAGAUGGCAAUAUUUAGUCACAAUAUACAAAACAAACUCACAUUUAUCAUUUAAGAAUCACAAGUCUUUCUAUCCGUGGAUCACUUUCACAGAAAAAAUGUUAAUAAUGUUAAUGCCAUCUUGUGGAUUUAUUGUUAUGAUAAAUAAAUACAGUACUUAUGUACAGUAUGUUGAAUGUAUAUAUCAGUAUUAUCUUUCCAUUCCAACAAUAAUUUACAGAAAAAUAUGGCAUAUUUUAGAGAUGGUUUGAAUUGCGAUUAAUUACAAUUAAUUAAUUUUUAACCUGUGAUUAACUCGAUUAAAAAUUUUAAUCGUUUGACAGCCCUAGUUAAAUGUACACCAUAUGCCUAAUAUAUACACAACGCAAUAAAAACAGAAUUGUUGUGGAACCCAAAAUGUUGACUGGACAGUUAUGGACUAUGCACAUUAAAUCAUUAGUAACAUCAAAUAUUCCACAAUACACCAAAGUAUAUCAGUAACCGUGUCCUUAAGUCUUUCUGAUAGUUUUCCCCUGACCUUCUUACUGCAAUAAUAAAAUGAAAACCUGAAAUUAUGGCUUUUAGUUUUGGCCACCCCAAGAUUUUAAGUGGCCCCAUCUGGCCACCCCUAUGAAAAAUUUCUGGAGGCGCCACUGGCAACUAGCCAGAGUUAUGUUUGUUGCACUGACAGGAGACCACUGGACAAAAAAAGGGUAUGACUGGCUAACUUAAGCAGUGUUUCUAAACACCUUUACACACAUUAUAGUGUAAUGUUUUUCAGUUAAGUGUGUGAAAAUUGACAAAUUAUAAUUGUUUUUUUUAAAUCUCACACAGCUUCCAGGCCAUUUAGUGUAAAACUGCAAAUGCUGCAUUUAUUUGUGUGAAAUGUUUAAUUUAACAGACAAGUUGUUAACACGUUUUUCGAAACACUAGCUAUUGUUACUGAACUGUGCUUGUCUGCUCUAUAAGUUGGCAGUUAAUUUUGGGCAAUAUGCCAAACGGUACUUGAGCCACAUUGUUAGUCUGAGGCACUUUAAUCUGUUAAACUCUUUUCUGUAUAAUACUGACAAUUUAUUUUAUACGACCUGAGUUGUUAAAUAAAAAUGUAAAACUAUUUGGUUAAGUAUUAAUUCAUUCAUACAUCAUACAUUUCAUCUGAAAACAAAUUUUAAGUCAAUUAUAGUAUUUUCCUAGAUGUUUUUUUUCCUGAAGAGCAACUUUAUUCAUCCCGAGGGAAAUGUGAUUAAUCAUGAUUAAUCACACAGUUGACAUAUGAGUAACUAGAUUAAAUUUUUUAAUCAUUUGACAGCACUAAUAUAUAUAUGUAUAUAUAUGUGUGUGUGUGUGUGUGUGUGUAUAUUAGGGCUGUCAAAUUUAUCGUGUUAACGGGCAGUAAUUAAUUUUUGUAAUCACGUUAAAGGGUAUUAAAACACUAAGGGGCUGUGAGAUAUCAAUAGAACCGUUAUGGGGCAAGAUAACAAAUAUUAAUAAAGUUAACAACAAAAUAAAUCACAUUCAUGAGCAAUUAUCGAAAAUAGAUAGAAAAUUACGAACAUUUCUGAAAGUAUUCCAGAAACUGCCGAAUGGGGUGGAGACGUCACAACAAGGAAACAAAAGGUCGAGGCAGGUGCCAUCGUUGUUCAUAGACGAGAGAGUUACGUUCGUGUUUUAUCAAAAAAUCGCUAAAAUGGUUAAAACCUGUCAUGCUAUGUGGUGUACAAAUAGCCAUUUGUCGCAAUGUAGUACCCAUGAGUUCCCGAACGCAAGAAAAAGAGCUGGAUUACGCAGACAAUGAGUAAAGUUGGUCAGUGCUAAGAGGGCUAAUUUUGCAUACCCAACCUUUUGUGUGGUGCGCAUUUUACACCUGAAAGCUAUUCGAACUAUGGACAAAUGAAAUCAGGUUUUGCUAAGAAAUUGCCGCUGAAAGCAGAUGCGGUGGCCACCUACACGCGCAGCCACCUAAAUGUCCCGAGAUAUCAAGAAAGAGGAUGAUGACACCCCACCACCCUAGGCAAAGCAAAGGAGGGAAAUGGCCAGAGUGAGUACUCUUUCAUAAUAAAAACCAUAUCACUCAUUGGAUAUAGGACUGGACACAUGUAUAAAUUAUCGCUCGUAAAAUAUAAACAACAAAUCCUCUAAUCCCAUUCAUAUUUGUGUCGGUUGGCAGAGCGAAAACCGAUGAUAGCACAAUAUAUGAUGAUUAUUCUAUACAUUAUUUUUAGUUGAAUCCUGCCUCAACUAUCUAAAAUCCUUGAAAAACUCUUCAACACCGGACUGGACAAAUUCAUAACAAAGCAUCAAUUACUACAUGAUGGCCAAUACGGGUUUAGAAAAAAACACUCCACUGCCCAGGCUCUAGCAGAGUCUGUAGAAAUCAUCACAGAUGCUAUUGACCAAAAACAAUACUCCGAGGGAAUUUUCCUGGACCUAAAAAAAGCCUUUGAUACAGUUAACCACAAUAUCUUACUGGACAAACGAGAGAUUUUGAAUUCGAGGCGUCGUACUAAAUUGGGUACGUAGCUACCUACAUAACCAAUUGCAAUAUGUAACAUUUGAUGGGUGUAAAUCAACUACACGUCAAGUCACAUGCGGCGUGCCCCAAGGCUCCGUCCUGGGACCGAAACUGUUCGUCAUAUACAUAAAUGACUUUUGUUCAGGGAAGGACCUGACAAGUCUAAGCAAAUAAAUGCGGAACUAGCAAAAUUGCAACAAUGGUUCGGCGCAAAUCAAUUAUCUCUGAAUCUCGAAAAAACUAAAUACAUGCUAUUUGGCUGGAAAGGUCUCAAGGAGCACUUAAACAUACGAAUAAACAAUGUCAUGAUACAAAGAGUACGUCAGCACAAAGUCUUAGGUGUAGUACUAGACGACUUACUAACAUAGAAGGCCCAUGUGGAACAGCUGCGCAAUAAGCUUGCCAGGAGCAUUUCCAUUCUCUUUAGAUCCCAAAAUAUGCUAGAUGAGAAGGCUCUCCAAACUCUUUACAGUGCAAUUGUCUUGCCGCACCUUAGUUACUGUUCGGAAAUUUGGACACACACUAUUCACCUUCAUCCUCUUUUUAUCCUUCAAAAAAAAAAAAGCAAUUCGGAUCAUUCACAAUUCACCGUUCAGAGCACACAAAAAUGAGCUCUACAUCAAAUCCUAUUAAAAAAUUUAUGACCUGAUAAACUUCAAAACUGUUCAAAUGAUGUACAGGGCCCACGCAAACCGUCUCCCCCCUAACCUACAAGCUCGAUUCCAACUGAGGGAAUCAAAUUACGACCUAAGAGGAGUCUGAUUGUUUUCCUAUCGGACAAUUAGGACAACCUUAAAAUCUUUCUCAAUUACGAACAUUGGGGCCCGCCUCUGGAAUACAUGUGAUGCAGCGCUUACGAGUAUAAAAACAUUUAGUUACUUCAAAAAGAUCUAUAAGGAAAACCCUUCUGAGUCACUACUCGAACCUAAAUAACACAUAACUCCACUGGCACACACACAUCCACAACAAAAUGUUCCCACAACAAAAAGAUAAUUGAAUGUCAGGGCCAGAUAGUAAGACAUAACAUUGUACGCCCUGAAGAUAUGCCCUGUAGCAAACCCAGAUCACAAAUCUGGAGGUGUAAGUGGCCACUGUGUGCUUUUAACAUUCGCUCGAAAUGGAGCUGCUUGACUUCACGCUAAGCUCAUUGAACAGAAUCUCUACAAUGCGACCUACACCAAACCAACGGCCAUGUCCGGCCAACACCUCGACAAUAUUGCAAGUGCCAUGGCAAUCAAUAACGUUUGGGAAGAUAAUAUAAGUAAAAUAGGACAACAACAAAACAAAACAAAAAAAAGAAAAGCUCAUGUAAUGUGAUGUAUGCAACUCUGCCAUGUUAGAAUGUGCGUCCCAGGCUGUAGGGGGACUGGUAUUGAUAAGCAUAUGCUUCUCCCGUCUGCCCUUUGUCUGUCUUCGGGCAAAUUAUUCCACAUUUUGUGACUUUCAAAGAUUUCUUUCUUUGGGCAAAUUAUUCCACAUUUCGUAACUGUCAAUGAUUUUCUUAACACCAUGUAUUGCAUACAACGCAGAGAAGAUAUAGCAUUUGCGGCCACUACACACGGUCAUGGUUGCACCACUUCCCAUCAUGCAUUUGGGCAGAAGUUAAAUCGCUACAGUAUCAUUUACUGAAAGUUCAACAAAUACACUAGAUGGCAAUAUUUAGUCACGAUAUACAAACUCACAUUUAUUCUUUAAGAAUUACAAGUCUUUCUAUCCGUGGAUCCCUUUCACAGAAAGAAUGUUAUUAAUGUUAAUGCCAUCUUGUGGAUUUAUUGUUAUAAUAAACAAAUACAGUACUUAUGUACAGUAUGUUGAAUGUAUAUAUCAGUCUUGUCUUAUCUUUCCAUUCCAACAAUAAUUUACAGAAAAAUAUGGCAUAUUUUAGAGAUGGUUUGAAUUACGAUUAAUUAUGAUUAAUUAAUUUUUAAGCUGUGAUUAACUCGAUUAAAAAUUUUAAUCGUUUGACAUCCCUAA